UCGACGCCCUCUCCAUCGCCGACCGAGCAGAUUCCACCCACGCAGCGCUCGACGCCCUCUCCAUCGCCGACCGAGCCGAUUCCAUCCACACAGAUCCCACCCACACAGAGUUCGACGCCCUCUCCGCCGACCGAGCAGAUUCCACCCACGCAGC